AUGCAAAGUGAGGUUUUGAAGUUUAUACAUGCGGGGCAUCAAGGCAUUGUCAAGUGUCGUAGGAGGGCAAGGGAAUCGGUUUGGUGGUUAGGUUUAAGCACAACAAUUGAAAAAUUGGUACGAGAAUGUCCUAAUUGUAUUGAAGAACGAGUAAAUGUGAAAGAAACAUUUACAACAGAAGAUCCCCCAACAAGACCGUGGCAGAGAAUGGCUACGGAUUUGUGUUUCUGCAAAAAUGUAUGGUAUUUAAUUAUUGUAGAUUGUUUUUCUAGAUAUACUGAAAUUGCCAAACUAAGUUCUUUGUCUGAGGAGGGAGUGAUCGAUAAGAUUGCCAAAUCUAGAGAUUUGGCAUUUGUGAGGAAUUAA